CACACAUACAUUACGAAGUAGUGCCAUUACGAAGUACGGCCCAAAGUUGCUUUGCGCAGUCCCUGUAGCGCGAUUGGACCGCGAAGCAAAUUUUCCCAGCACAACUUGGGUGCAGCCCAAUCACGGAGCCCGGUGAUGCCGUCGCGGAGCUGGAAGAGGUCGGCGGCGCCGAACCCAACCACCUACCGCGCCCAACUGGCCAUGUUCUCGGUCCUGGCGACGAGAUUCGGAAGCGACGUAGAGCGGUCCUGCCGGUCGGGCCCCUACCGUUUUGUUCCCUCUCCCCCGCUCCUUUCUCGGGCCAUGUCUCCGCGCCAAGGGCGAGGGAAGAAGGAUGCCGAUGAAGGAUGGGCGGUGUGUCUGGCAACUCGGUCCCUUAUUACUGUCCUGUGCAAGACGGAUGAUGCGGGGACGGGAGCAACGCGGAGACGCGGGGUAUCAACAGACGUUAUUCGCCGCUCGCUGACCGCCCCGUCGGUCAAUAGCGGCUACUUCAGAUGCACGAUCCAGGGGGAGGGGAUGCUUUUGAAAAUCGCCACCGGCUGAGAGUGUUUUUGACGUCUCGAUACCGCCAUUUCAAGUUUGGCUUCUGCAGUUGAGUGUAUGGAUAUACUGUUAGCUGUUCUUUUGAACGGAUUAUACGGUGCUCAAGUACGCGGUCAGUAUUUUUUUUUUUUUGGGGGG